AUGAUUACUCCAAAAUUUGAAGUUAGUCAAGACGAUGACUUUGUCUAUGUCAAUAUAAAGAUUACCAACAUUAGAUUUAAUUCUGGUGGAUUAGAAGUUGUCGUUGAUAAGACAAUGUUAUUUUUCUACUUAUCACCAUACUAUCUGCGUCUCAGAUUUCCUAAUGAAGUGCUCGAUGAUGACGAUCACCCUACAGAAGCACAAUAUAGGUCGAAGGAUGAGUGCAUAUUUAUCAAACUUCCAAAAGCAGUCAAGGGCCAAUAUUUUGAUGACUUGGACAUACCGACAAAACUGUUAGCUAGACAAGGAGAUAUUAUAGGUGCGGAUAUGGUUGAAAAAUCAACAGAAAUUAAAAAAGGACCGCUGAUCCAAGAAAUUGAUUCUACCACGAACACAGAAAAGAAUGUUGAAAAUAUUACGCAAAUGGGAGAGCAGUUUGAUUGGGAAAUCAAACAAAAUGUUAGCUCUGAACCCACAUUAUCUCUGAAUAAGUACGGAUUUGAUGCGCAGUACAAUGGCCUAAUUGGCGUAUCUAUCCCAAACGGUAAUGAUAUAAACGAACUUAAUGACCCUGAAAAUACUACUGAAAACGAUAGAAUAAAAGAAAGAUUAAGCAAAGAAAACCUGAAGUUUGAUCCAGAUUAUUAUGUCUCUGAAUAUAUGGUUUCUAAAUAUGGCUCUGAGGAGGAUCUCGAAGUCAAUGGGAUAAAGAAACUUCUAGGAUUUACACCGAGGAUUGUAAAAGAUUUUCUAGGAUGGUAUAAAUCAAUAGAAGAUAAGGAAUCAUUUUAUCCAGUCGAGUUCACUGAAUUUGAACAAAAUCAAAUGGUAAAUAAUAUUCCUAAGAAGGAGUACUUAGUCAACGAAAUUGAUCAUAUAAAAAAGCUUUACUUGACAAUUGUAAACGUUGUCUUUGCAUAUAUUUAUGACUCUAUUGAGAACGAAGAUGCUAGUAAUAGUGAAAGUGCGUGGAAUAUUGGUAAAUUAACGCCUCAAAUUGCAUUUUUAGACCAGAAGUUACAAUUAGAAGAAGUCGAAGGUGUGAGCAUAAUAAAAGUAUUGAUAUACACAGGAUUCAGGAGAGCAUUGAGUUAUCCGUUGCACAGAAAUUAUGAUCUAUGCAAUAAGGCUUGGGAAUACACUUAUUACAUAUUAAGAGGCGGUAAAAAGUUGGUGUUGAGGGCAUUAUUGAAGGUACAUGAAAUAUUUAGAUUUCAUGAUGCAUACUAUGUAUACAAUAAGAUUCUACUAGAUGAUCUAGUCUCAUGGUUUAUAAAUAACGGGAAUGAAAAUGUUCUGAGAGGUUUGACCAUGGAGUUCAAGAAAGAACUAGAUACCAUUUCGAAGGAGACAAUAGAUUUCGAUUGCCUAGUGGAACUUGAUCAAGAGACUGGUGAACCAGUGUGGGAGAAUAUGACUAUAAAGGAAAUGGAAAUACUGGCUGAGGCGGAGUAUCAGUCUACUCAAGAAUAA